AUGAGCGUAUUAAGUAAAUUUCUGGUUGAUACAUUUGGAUUAAAAAUCAACAAAGCGACAUGCUAUGAGAUGGUGCAUACGUGGAAUCCUGAUUGUUACGGAGCUAUCGCCGAUUCAUUGCUACAUGGAUGGUUAUUCUCCUUCAAGACCUACAUCAUCUUUUACGGUUUGACUAAUAUCUUUUCGGCAAAGGAUGUACGACAAGUUCGUUGGCGUAAAAUAUUAACUGAUUCAGUUCGAUCUUCUGUUUUCUUAACGACUAAUUUGAUUAUUUUCCUUUGGCUAACGUGUCAGUUGAGGAAAAUAUUGGGAUUCUUCACCGUUCCAACACUUGGUUUUAUAAAUGGGAUGAUUUCUGCACUGCUUGCGAUUUUAAUCGAAAAUCGGAGGAGGAGGCCACUGCUAGCUUUGUAUCUAACGAAUUUGGCAUCAGAAACAGCUUAUCAUCAGCUGGUCAAUCAUGGUUAUUUGAAGUAUAUACCAAAUGGUACAGUGAUUAUAUUUGGAAUUGGACUCGCAGGAUUACUUCAUUUAUAUUGUAGGGAUAAACUUCAUAUCAAUUUAAGGAAAUCUAUUGAAUAUGUUUUAUUAAUCGAUGGAACGAAAGAAUUAUUCUCUCAUAAAAUAAUUCAGAGGGUGUAUUCUCCAAUCGGAACUGUCCUGCUAAUGUUACGACAAAGGUACGCAAAACAUUCAUUGUGCCAACACCAAUAUUCAUGCAUUAGCAGAUUUAUUGAGGUGUUUCUCAACAAUUUUUCUCAAGCCCUAAUUUGGAGUAUCUGUAUGGUGAUUUUGAAAAUUGGAAAAGGAAUGAUACGUCAGCCAGCUACAUCUAUUAGACGUAUUCUGAGAUUUCGAACUCUGCGCCUACCACUGUUUUAUGGAUUUUUGGCUUUACUGUUUCAAGUUUCACGAUGCGGCUACAGUUGGUGUACAAAUCAGGUCUCACCAUUAUCUCUUUGUGGUGCAAUAGGUGGUUUAUCAUUAUUUUUCUAUCCUAAUAUUUCAAUUGCUAUGUAUGUCUUUUGGAAAUUUGUAGAGGGUUUCUUCUUUUCAUACUAUAAUAACCUGAUGAUACCUUAUGGGGAUAUAAUCCUUUAUGCACUUUCGACGGGUUAUGUUGCAUGGAAUGCGGUGAUCGAACCUCAAGCGCUCAGGGAAGGCUACUGGAAAUUCCUUGCUGGGCUUACAGGAAAUAAAAUUGAGCAAUUGAAUAGGCGCUUGUUUGAUAGUUUUGGUUAUAAUUCUUCGAAGAAGUUUCCGCAUUUUAUACCGAAGCUGGAUCCAAGGUUCACAUUACUUAAUGGAAUAUGGUCAACUAUCCAUCAUGAUUAGUCUUUCAUAAUAUUAUUUUGGCAUACCCUAACUUGUUUUACUUCCAAAAAUUUUAUGAUUCAUGAUGAGCAAGUUUUGCUGUGCUGGAUAGCUGGAUUAUACGGUUCAAAGUUACGCCAAUAUAGUAAUUCCGUUGUCCAUAUCCUACUACCGUUUGUUUUAUUAGUUUGUUGGCGCCAAAUCAAUGCUUGUGUGAUAUGGAGUUUUGUUCCAUUGAUUCUCACUUAAGUAAUAUUGCUGUAUUAAAGGGGUUUUUUGCCAUUACCGCCUCAUCACUAUAACUUUCUCAUUGUUCAUCAGUACUGAUAUUCGGUGCUUUUCAAACG